AUGGCCCAGCAGGAAUACUCCAUCGGCGGUAUGAUUACCUUCCCCCAGCUUACGGCCAGCUACGGCCUCAUCAGCGGCGUCAUUGGCGCUGCCUCCCUGAUCAAUCCGCACCUCUGCUACGACUUGGUGGGCCAGCCUUCGAGGUGGGUUCCCAUGCUCGAGUCCUCAUCGGGUCUCUACACACUGCGGCUGUUCGGCCUGCAGACGGUGGCGCUCGCUGCCGUGUCGCUUCAUGCGGCUUUCAACAUCAGAGAGCCUUCCAAGCGCCAGCAGCUCAGCAACGUCCUUGCCGCCCUCAACCUUGGCAACGGCCUGAUCGCGGCGUGGAUGUACAAGGAGGGCAUCCUCAACCCGCUCGGCGUGAGCAUCCACUCGGGCCUGAGCAUGGCGCUGGGUCUGGGCUUCCUGGUCUACGGCCUGCGCGAGGACCGCCGAACCGGUGCGGGUGAGCCUGCGAGAGACUAG